AUGGGAAAAGGAAGUUCAGGCAUUAAAAAAUAAAAAAAGAGUAAAAUGGGUGGAGAAGAUUAGAACUACGGAAAAGGAAGACCAAAAAAGAAGAAAGAAAAUAAUGAGGCAACUCAGGAGGUUGAUAAAAGAUAAUGGUUCAAUGUAUAUCGGGCAUUGCAAAUGCUGACUCUGAUAUGCGAGAAGGGAAGCUUGGCUUUGCGGUACAAGACUGGUUAAAAGAGUAAUACGAUGGAGGAGUCAACAAAGACGAAGAAGAGUGAGGAGACGAGAAAGUUGAAGCAAAAACUUAAGGAUUUGAAGAAACAUUGCAAUUACGAGGAGAGAAAAUUGUACCUCCUCAUUGAUAACAACACUGAAAACGUUUAAAUUGAAUUGCCCAAUGCUGAUAAUGAUGGAAUUAUUGAGGACAUGGAUAAAAUCUACAAAUAUCUUGACAAGGAGUUUUAGGUGUCAUUUCUUCUGAUUUUGCAAUCUUACCUGGAGUAACACGAAUAGGAUUCCUUGGUUUUGGCAAGGGAAAUAGUUUAAAAAAUGAUGGAGUAGAAGGAACAACACAAGAUGCUGUUGAACUUGGCUCUGAUUAAGACCAACAUUGAGGAAGACUUGGAUUAUGUGUUACAAUUGGCUAAUACUACUUCUGGAUUGCAGUUAUAGCAACACGAGGUGAAUGAGAAAUGGGUUAGUGAGGAAAAUAAAAUAGUGGAGUGGCUGGUUGCAUUCGUCGAGAAGAUUAUAGCAAUAUUCAAGACAGAUCGGUAAUGAAAUUAACAAUCCCUAAUUAUAAUUAUUUUGAAUUUAUA